AUGUCGCACGAACUUGUCCACGCUGGACGCCGGGUUGUCGUGACCGGUAUCGGCAUGGUGUCGCCAUUGGGCCUGUGUACCCGCAUGUGCUGGGACGCACUUUUCCGCGGCCAAAGUGGCGUCCAACGGAUCAGUGUUUUUGACCCCACCGGGCUGCCGGUGCAAAUCGCAGCCCAAGUCGAUCGUGCCGGCGUACUCGAACGACUUGAGUCGCAGGUAUUCGCAUCGAAAACAACGAGCACAGCGAUAGCAACUGGUCUGCAUGAGCGCAAACUGACCCCCGCGGAUAUUUUACGAGCACCGCUCAGUAUCCAGUACGCCGUUCUCGCAGCACAUGAGGCGAUCCAAGAUGCUGCGCUUUCGCCAGCGACGCUGAACGCAACCGACUCGGGCGUCGUUAUCGGUGCAGGUAUGGUAUCCCUGAGCGAUCUGGUUGAGAGCGUGAACCGUCACCAGUCGGGUCGACACCUGUCACCGCAUUUCGUGCCUCGCAUCCUGCUGAACGCAGCCGCCGGUUACGUGGCGUUAUGGUUUGGUCUGAAGGGUCCCAGUCUAUCACCGAGCACUGCUUGUGCUGCGGGUGCACAUGCUAUCGGUGACGCGUACCGACUCAUUCAACGAGGCGAUGCGACAGUGUGUAUCGCCGGCGGAACAGAGGCAUGUAUUCACGAGUUGGCAUUGUUGGGGUUUUCCAGGGCCCGGGCACUUACCACCCAGUUUGCAGAUGAGCCCGAGCAGUCCAGUCGUCCAUUUGAUCGUCGACGUUCGGGUUUCGUGCUCGGCGAAGGCGCCUGUGUACUUGUUCUGGAGGAUCUGGAACACGCUCGUACACGAAGACAAGCCCAGCCGCACACGACCUAUGGCGAACUCGUUGGAUACGGCCUGAGCAGCGACGCGUACCAUGUGACAGCACCUCAUCCGGAAGGCAUUGGCGCCCAGCGAUGUAUGGAAAUGGCCCUCCGGGGUAUUCCUCGGUCAGCCGUCGGGUACGUGAACGCGCAUGCAACGUCGACGCCGUUGGGUGACGCCGUCGAAGCCAAAGCGAUUGGGCGAGUUUUCGGCGCAGAGGAGCCGGCUCCAGUCGUGACGUCGACAAAAGGCGCCACUGGGCAUUUACUCGGAGCAGCGGGCGCUCUCGAGGCUGCCUUCACGUUACUGGCGGUGCAUCACCAGUGCGUACCCGGAACGUUGAACCUGCACGACAUUGACGUGGGCCUGGAGAUGUCGGCCACCACGGACACCACCACCGCUGGCUUGCGCUUCAUUGGGCAUCAUGCGCAUUAUUACUGGCCCGAGAGCAGUCCGCUUCGAAUCGCACUAAGCAACUCGUUCGGAUUCUACGGGACAAAUACCUGCCUCGCCUUUCAGCGGUUGCCGUCCGAUGAGUCGAGAUCGGGAAAUGGAUCAUUCCAGGGGGAUGGCGUAUCGACCUAG